UCCGCUGGACUGCCAUGGGCGUCCGCUGUGUGGCAAUCCGCGCCUGCGGGCGAGGUAAGAUCGAUACCGCCGUCCCGCGAAUGGCGGUUCGCGCGUGUAGGGUUGCGGCGGCCGUGGUGGCGCUGCUCUCCGCCGCGAUCGCGCUCCAAUGGUCGCCGCUGCACGCAGUUUUACAAAGAGCAUUGUCCCUCCAUACAGCACACACGACAGAGGACAUGGAAAACCUUUUUCAGUUGGUGAGAAACACUGUGCCUGCUCUGACGUCGAAGAAACACAAGGGGCAAGAUGGAAGGAUAGGCAUAGUCGGAGGCUGUCAAGAGUACACAGGAGCACCAUAUUUUGCAGGAAUCUCAGCUCUGAAAGUGGGUGCAGAUUUGACCCACGUCUUCUGUGCCAGAGAAGCCGCGCCAGUGAUCAAGUCCUACAGCCCAGAGCUGAUCGUCCACCCAGUCCUUGACAGUUCUAAUGCUGUUGAGGAGGUGGAGAAAUGGCUCCCCAGGCUGCAUGCCCUUGUCGUGGGUCCUGGCCUAGGUAGGGACGACAUUCUUCUCAACAAUGUCAGGGGCAUUUUGGAAUCAACCAAGGCCAGAGACAUCCCUGUGGUCAUUGAUGCGGACGGCCUGUGGCUGAUUGCUCAGCAGCCGGCCCUCAUCCAUGGUUACCAGAAGGCCGUGCUCACCCCCAACCACGUGGAGUUCAGCAGACUCUGGGAAGCUGUGCUCAGUAGUCCUAUGGACACCAAGAAUCUCAGUGAAUCCACACUGAAGCUCAGCCAGGCCCUGGGGAACAUCACAGUGGUCCAGAAAGGAGAACAGGACCUCAUCUCCAAUGGCCAGCAGGUGCUCGUGUGCAGCCAAGAAGGCAGCAGUCGCAGGUGUGGCGGGCAAGGUGAUCUCCUGUCCGGCUCCCUGGGUGUCAUGGUGCACUGGGCCCUCCGUGCUGGACCAGAGAAAACAAACGGCUCCAGCCCGCUCCUGGUGGCUGCCUGGGGUGCUUGCACACUCACAAGGGAGUGUAACCAUCAGGCCUUCCAGAAGUAUGGACGCUCCACAACCACAACCGACAUGAUCACCGAGAUAGGAACUGCCUUCAGCAGGCUCUUCACCACCUGAGCUGGUGCAGACUCAGGUGCCACAGACUGAGUCCUCCAUCUGCCUUGGGCCCAGCAGCACUUGGUACUUGAUGGAUUUUAGGCUGAACUAGCUGAUAGAGGAUUUAGGUUGUAACCAUCUAUUCGGACUAACCAGAGUUGAGAUGUUAACAACAACAUGAAUCUUGUCUUCCAUGGUUUUCUUGUCUUCUCAGAAACAGCUGAGAAGAAAAUGAGAAUAAAAUUCCUCCCAGCAGCCCAACUGGAUCUGGGCUUGCUCUGAGACAGGA